GCCAUUUUAGCACAGGCGUCGAAGCGCAAAUGAAAAACACCAGCAUUGAAUACUAUCUGAUCGAAAGCAUCGACACUCAAUCAACUGCAUCUUCCUUUGGCCGCAGCCUCUGCAGCUAUUCGCACCUGCUCUGGAUACGUCGUCGCCACACUUUCGGAACAGGCAAGAAGGCAACGUCCCCUCGCGACUGCUUCUUGCUACCGGCAAAACGAAUCACAUCAAUGAGCUUCUGAUCGCCGGCCGACUACUCCUCUUCUACAAAACUUUGGUUCCAGCUCAAUCCAAUCACCGGGGAGAUUGUACCGGCAGUCCUGAUUCUGCUCAAUUUCUGCAUCUUCACGCGCCUGAGUGUCAUUCCCAACUCGUUACAGCAAAACAUCCACAUCCUUGGCAGUCUUCGCUGUUCUCAUUCUCGAGCUCAAUCUCGCAAGUCUAAGAUGUCACCAAUAUUCAAAGUCCUCACAGCCACUCACGACGAUGGUGAGAAGCCCAAGCGAUUCGGCUACAAAGCGCCCACCUUCGACGCCAUCUAUCUGCAAGACGAUCUGCCUGAUCCGAGUCAUCGGUAUCCUCCUUAAUCUCAACUGCGAUGAAGCCCAAGAGAUCAAGCCUUGUAUUCGCCAUGAGCUUCGCAUUCGUGCUGUCACCGUCUGCACCUUUGAUAUCUACUACCCACCGACUGGCGCCAGAAGCGAGAUCCUCUGCCGAAAAGGAAGCCCUCGACUUGGCUGGCAUCUAUCCCCCUCCAAGAUGACGAUCCUCAUCAGAUCGUCUGUCGUCUUCGCCGUCAGCCUGGAGUCUCCCCAUCUCUUCAAGGAGCCCACUUCACUUGAAGGCUACCGUAAAGGGUGGACGCCAAAUGCCUUUGGUUGCUACGCUUUAGUGCCUCAUCAGUUCCGCCGCGACCUUCUGGCACGUCUCGUCGAUAAUUGUAGAGAAAAAAUGAAGAAGGAGGCAAGACGCUUCGUGCCGGUGCUACCGAUCCGAAGCCGUACACGAGGAAGACAGUGGCCAAUGCCGAAGUCACGAACAAUACUGCCUUUAACAAAAGACCUCAUGCCGAACCCUUGGCACCUGGAGCCAUCGCGACCCUGAAUCAUGAUCAUGUCAACCUUGGGUCGGUCCAAGUUUCUCUGAUCGAAAGGCGCUACAGAGGACUCAGAUUCGGACGACAUUCGUUCGGCUGCAUAAGAGAAGGAGAUUUUUUUCAACGGUCAAAAGGUUCGACACAUGUCGCGUUCGGCCAAACAAGUUGGGUACUCUAAGGCGAGAGAGAAGGAAUUAUGUGUUAUAUCUCUGUUUCUACACUGCCUAAGGAACAUUGCAAACUUCACAAAUUCAGGCAUAACAUAACUCUCUACUAUCUUUAUGUAGACUUACCUCAGUCUUGUUCACGGCAGAAUACUGAACGUCCUCGUUGCUCUUGUCCUAUCACGAU